AUGGCCGCGGCUCAUCUGCUCCUGCUGCUGGCGGCGUCGGCCGCCGGACGCCACCUGGACGCCGACGACGUUGGCCUGGGUGCCGGGGGUGACGGGGCGUACCCCGAGGAGCUCAACCCGACGCUGACCGACGGCGGCCUGACCCUGAUCGAGUCGGACAUCGUGCUUCCGGAGGGCGUUGACCGGCGGGCGCUCAUGGCCAAGCGGUGGCCGCUGGGCGAGGCGGUGCCGUUCGUGGUGACGCCGGAGGUGGAGCAGCGGCGCACCAACAUCGAGGCCGGCAUCAGUCACAUAGAGGACGUCACCUGCGUGACGUUCCGGGAGGAGCCUGUCGAGUUCGCCGGGGCGCCACAUCUGCGUUUCAUCAACGGCAGUGGCUGCUACUCGUUCCUCGGCCAGAUGCAAAACAAACUCAGCGGUCAGUCCGUCUCGAUCGGCAAAGGCUGCGCCGCACUGGUGACGGUGGCGCACGAGAUCAGCCAUGCGCUCGGCUUCUUCCACGAACAGUCGCGACCCGACCGUGACCAGUACGUCGAGGUUUUGUGGGACAACAUCAAGCAGGGCAAAGAGGCCAACUUCAGGAUUAAGGAGAACGCCGAAACGCUCGGCGUCAAGUACGACUUCCGCUCUAUCAUGCACUACGCUAAGUUCGCCUUCUCCACUACGGGCAUGCCGACGCUUCGUUCGGUGGACCCUCUGCAGGGGCACUUGGUGGGACGGCGCAUAGGAGAGAUGACCCACCGCGACCGCGCCAUCACCAACAUCGCGUACCAAUGCGCCAACCACUGCACCGAGCCGCCCGCCUGCCAGAAUGAAGGCUACGUGGACAAGUUCUGCCAGUGCGUUUGCCCAGAGGGUGUGGAAGGCGCGCUUUGUGAGAACGUGCCGGAUGACUACAGCUACUACGGCCCGGUGUGCGGCGACGCCGACAUCACGACGCCCGGCGUGAUCACCUCCCCCGGCUACCCCGACUCCAUGGAGAAGGACCGCCACUGCUACUGGCUGGUGACGGCGCCGAGCGGCUUCGCCGUCCGCCUCACAGUCACCGACGUCUCGAUGAACGACUCCCCGAACUGCAAGCGCGAUCGUAUGUCGAUCCGGGUGGAGGGAGACCUGCGCGACGAGAUCGAGUCCGAUUGCAACACGCGCCUCACCGGCCGCUCCUUCGUCUCGGUCGGCAACCGGCUGCUGGUGUACUUCCGCACCCGCGGCCGUUCCAGUCGCGGCCGACGCUUCAGCGGGUCGGUCGAGUUCGUGCCGGACGUGUAG